AUGGCGCUGGUAAAUCUAUCGAUUGUGCUGAUAAUAGUGGCCCAUGUGUUUGGCGUUUUAUCCCAAAGUGAUCCAGCGUGCACCACAUAUACUCGUCAGGAAGGAUUCUGUGUGCCAAUCGAACGCUGUCGGAACAUAUAUAACAUCGUCAAGUCACCUAAACCUCCUUCUAAGGGGAUCCAGACCUACAUCAAUCGCUUAGCAUGUAUACUACCCGAUGUACUGCGAAGUGUAUGUUGUGUGCCACAGGAAAUCGAUCCAACAAUGCCUUUAUUACCGACGAAAUCUUGUGGCGUUAUAGAGACCUUCAGGAUUGGGUAUGGCAAUAAUACGGCCCCCUUCGAAUACCCGUGGAUAGUGUUGCUUCGAUACAUGUGGAACGGUGUGCUAGUAGAUGGUUGUGGUGGUUCGCUAAUCAACAAUCGCUACGUAUUGACUGCAGCACAUUGCGUGCGAACAACGAGGAAUUUUAAGUUGUCGAAAGUCCUUCUCGGCGAGCACGAUAAAACUAAAUUAGUUGAUUGCAUUGAUGUUAUCGACGAUGAACCGUAUUGUGCACCUCCGCCGAUAGAGGUUGACAUAGAGUCGACGGUAGUACAUAACGAGUACAACAGACCGAUUCGGUUCCGGCAUGAUAUAGCUUUGAUUCGAAUGGCACAAGAAGUCGCAUAUAGCGAUUCCAUCAAACCCAUUUGCUUACCGAUCAGAGAGGAUGUUCGGAAUAAAAUUUUAAAGUAUUGCACGGUAACUGGUUGGGGUACGACUGAGCAGGAAAAAACGUCCGACGUGUUACUACAGGCACUACAAAAGUAUGUACCAGUAGCAGAAUGCCAACAAAAAUUGCUUGACAAUGGACUCAGAAUAGACCUUUCGGAGGAGUUCCAAAUGUGCGCUGGAGGCGAAGAGGUGGUUGACUCCUGCAAGGGGGACUCAGGAGGACCGUUGGGUUCCAACGUGGGUGGCCGGUUCGUCCAAUACGGAAUCGUAUCAGCUGGAGUGAAUUCAUGCGGAAAGCUAAGCCUCCCGGGAAUUUACACUCGAGUAUCUAGCUACAUGAACUGGAUAGUGGAGAACAUGCAACCAUAA